AUGAUUCGCCGUUUAUUUCCGCAAAAUAUGGUACGCGAAAUUGUGACUUUACAAAUCGGUAACUAUGCAAAUAACGUCGGUGUACAUUUUUGGAAUCAGCUGGACAUCGAGCAGUCGCAUCAAAACACGUUAAUUGAUUACAAUACAUAUUUUACAUUUAACCAAAGAACAAAUCUUCCAUCACCACGUGUUUUAAUCAUCGAUUAUCGAAAUGCUUUUGGUAAUCUAUUGGAUGAAAACGAAUAUACCCAUCGUUCCGAAAGAAACGAUCCAUCAAUUGAAGUUAUUCAACGUUCAGUGGAGAAAAAUUCCUGGUCCAAUAGAUUAAGAACGCGUGCGAAAUUUCAUCCGAAAUCCUUGCUUCCAUUAGUUGACUAUUGGUAUUCGCCAAAUCCGGAAGAAAAUCACUUCGAUAUCUAUCCAGUUGGCGAACAAGUCUUUAAGAAAAUGUUUGAUCAAACAGAACAUUCCUUACAUUAUCUACUAGAAUCGUGUGACUGCUUACAAAGUUUUCGCUGUUUGUAUGACAUUAAUAAUAGUUUUUCUGGUUUAUUUACGUCGAUUCAAGAUUACCUUUAUGACGAAUGCCCGAAACAACCGAUGUGGUCUUUUGGUCUUGGAAAUUCCUCUUCCGAAUUAAAUCUUUUGUCGUCUUUGGUUCAUUCAAUGAACGAAAAUCAAAUGCCAACGGUGCCAUGUUUAGACUCAUUGGAUACGGAUAACUUAGCCCUAGCAAUUCAACAUUCGUUAAUAUCAUCGGAUGUUACGCUGGAUCUCCUUGCUGAUCGUUUGUGUCCGAUGAAGAAGAAUCUGUUGAAUUUAGUUUGGAAGAUUCCAUUGGAAUUGAAACAUCGAACGUUGUUUUAUUAUUUGGAAAAUUCGGCAAAUGAAAAUGUAUUUCCAAUGACUAAUCCAAUCGGUUGCCAUUAUUUUCUUCGCGGAAUCCAACAGAAACAGUUAUACGAUCAUGCAUUGUAUAAUUUCAACAAUAUCGAAACAUCUGCUGAUUUAAUCGCUACAUAUCUACGUGAGCAAUAUAGCUCGAAAAUGUUCAUAUCGACAAAUUCGUGGACAGAAAAAUACGAUUGUAUGUCAUUGUUAACUGGUUUAAUCAAUGACAACAAUUCUUCAUUUGAGUUUUUCGAUAAGUUAUUAAUCAAAAUGAAAAAGAUGAAUUAUAAGUUACUCUCGAAACGUUGGGAAGAAAAUGACUUCGAUGAGCAAAUGUACGAACACUUAAUGAAUGAAUUAAGUAAUAUGCAUGAACAGUAUCAAUUGGAUAAAAUGGAAUAA